UUUGAGCUGUUCUUGCUUUCCGUUCCCUUUGCUCUCCCAUUCACACCCCAAUUUACUCAGUUCUUUUUACUUCCUUUCCGCUAUUUACUCAGUCGGCAGUACUUGCAAUUACACUUGUUUUUCUACGCCCGCUUUGUUUCUCAUUCGCAUUCUGAUUGGAGCGCCAACCGCCAAGAGCCGGAGGCGCCUUGAAUGAGAGUCCUCAGCCCGACAUGUCAGAUUUCGUGCCGCGCGACCUCCUCCCCGAUCUGUGGGAGGAGAUACUCCGGCGCCACUGGAUGUUCCUCGAGACGGAGGAGAGCAUGCAGAAGCUCGAGGAGCGCAAGCAGCUGGAGGGCUGCCUGAAGGAGUUCCUCUGCGUGGUGCAGCACGAUCGCAAGUUCUUCCUGCCGGAAACUGGGCUUGUUCUGCGGCGAUCCGUGCGUGAGCUUCCGGACUUUUCAGCCCAGAAUGCCCUCGUGGCCUUCGAGACCAUCAGCCAGUAUGCCAACAACCUGUUUACGAAACCCUGGCGGAAGGAAUAUCGCACUCUUAAGACCUAUUCGGGAUGCUUCCAGCACGACAUCCAAUCCCGCCUGCUGGACGCCGAGCAGCUCUUCCUGGCCAUGGGUUACCGGCGGGUCUCCGAAGACACCUUCGUCCUCGAGGGACCCAUCUGUCCGGACCAGGUGACGAAUGUGUCGCGCGAUGCCAUGGCCGCCUACGUGGAGUGCCAGAUCAUGAAGCACAUCUAUGCGGGAGUCACGGCGGCGGGAUACAGCUGCACUUGGAAGGACAUUUUGCAGUAUCGCGAGCGAAUCGUGGGUGGCACGUCGAGGACCAUCAAGGAAAUGGUCAGCCAGCUGAGUGAGAAACGGAUGCGCAAGGAGCAGCAGCAGCAGUCGCAAGUGCAGGAGAAUACCUACAGCAAUGUGGCUACAGUGGCGCCACCAGCCGGUUGUGUCCUCCACGGCAGCAACAACCUGGCCACGCAUCAUCCCAGCAGCUCCGGCAGUUGCGCCCUGCAUCCAAAUGGCUUAAACGAGGUGGGAAAGUAUAUGCCGCCGUAUCCAGCGCCUCCGCCGCAGUCACAUCUGUCUGGUCCUUUAAUGACGCACUCUCGCAGCUUGGAGCACUACCAGGAGCCGCAUGCCCAUCUGCCGCAUCGCCACUCCUUCGACCAGCAACACCAGCAGCAAUGUCAGCUGCCCCACGUCUACGAGGCGCCCUACGAUUGCCUGGAUGGCCUGAGCAUGGGCAGCAGUGCCUCCUACGCGGCUGUGGCUGGUGCCUAUAAUGCUCCAGGAAAUCGCUAUCCGCUGCCGUACAACAUCUCCAGCCAGCUGAAUGCACCCUAUGCCGCGCCCGUCGAUGUCUAUGGCAGCGGGGAGAACGCCAACAUGUACGCCACGCUGGGAAAGACGGCUGCAGCCCACAGCUGCGACUUCCAUCGUCGUCAGCCGAGCACUUCUGCAGCUGCCGCCGCCGCCUUGGCCGCAAUGCAGCAUCGGCAGAGCACCUAUCCGCCGGACCACCAUCUCAUCGACUUUGACGAGCGGGCGCAUCUCACGCAGCACGACUUUGGGACGCACGACUACGAUCCGCAGUACGCAGAGCUGAGGGCUCAGGUGCAGCCCAGUAUGCGCAGCAAUCCGGCUGCAAUGUAUGCCACCUACGGGGGCUACGAUCUGCCCACCACGCUGCCGCAAGCGCAAGCGCCAACGUCGCAGGACAUGUACAUCUAUGCCCGUCCGGUGCCCAAGAGCAGCCGGAUGCGGGCGCUGGCCGAGGCGGGGGGCAUAAAUCCGACUGACAAGCAUCCGCGAUCAGCGGAAAGGCAGAAUACCAUGGACAAUAAUCGCAAGAUGCACAAGGAAUUGAAGGAGCGGUCUAGCCGAACGGCUCCAGCGAAGAGAUCGGGCAACGAACGUGAUAUACCCACCACCAUUUCCGACAUGAACAGCUACGACUCGGCCAGUCUGGAUGGUUUUGUGGCCCUGGACAGCGCUUCGCCGCCCCUGAUGCCCAAGGUGCAGGAGGGCGUGGGCAGUUUCGAGUCCUGGAACUAUGUAUUCAAGAACCUCGAGCGCUCGGGCUACACCAAGGACUUGGGCGACCGCGAGGACUUGCUGGUACAGAGCCUGGAUCUGGACUCGCUGGCCAUAACGAAUAACGGAGUGCCAGCUCCUCCUCCGGCGGAGAAGCGACGCGAGCCCACAAAAGCCACGAAUGGCGAGAAGGCGCGCACGCUGGAAAAGAAAUCCGGGACGAGUCGACGCGAGGCGAAGGUGGUGACGGCCCCGGCGCCAAGUCCUUUGCCCAACAGCAGCAGUGCCGGCGUGAAGAAGAAGUCUGCCUUGAAGUCGGCCAUCGUGGACAAUCGGGGAACAGGAUCGCGGCAUCGCACGGGAGCUGUGCCCAAACAGCCGCCGGCCGUCUCGCCGCAGCUGAUCGUGACCAGUCCGAACGAGUGGAGCUGCAGCUUCUGCACGUUCCUCAAUCCGGACACCAAGCGCAUCUGCGAGAUGUGCUGUCGCAGCAAGGACUUCAAUCUGGAGGCCGCCACGGCGGCUUCCUCCUCGGCCGCUGCAGCUGCCGCAGCUUCGGCGGCCAGUGUGUCGCACGCAUCCUCGACCUGCGUCUAGGAUGCAGCUCGUCGGAACAAACCCCUCGUUAGUGAUACAAAUAGCAGUGUAUAGCUUGAUAUAUAUUUUUUAUACGACCAAUGUAAGCCUGUGCGCGUGUCUCCAAGAUCUAGUCUCGUAGUCUCGUCGUUCGAUGGCAGGCAAGAAACCCUUUGUUAUCCGGAUCCAUACUCCGUGGAUCGCAGCGGAUGGCGCUGCAGACGGACGAUAAUGUGUGCGUCUGUGGCCUGUACAUAUGAAGUAUUCUAAUUAGUUACCCCUACUUGUAAACACACGCUUUAAUUAGUUUUAGAUUGUUUCCCCAUUGUUAAGGGCGCUUCUGUUUCAAAUUACGUGCCUCCCUGUAUAAGUCAUCUAUAUAUAUAUAUAUAUACAACACACAUAUAGACAUUUAUAUAUAUUUGUACGUGUGCAUGCGACGCGAAAAGCGAGAGAGUGAAAUUUGAACUUGGACAUUUUCUAGGAAAUCAACUGAUAAUUAUAUACCUUAUACUAAAUAGUUGCAUUCACAGUACAUACGUAUUUCCGACAGUAAAUCAGAGUACAUAGCAGUUCUAUACCGAAACUUGCAUAGAUAAUACACACCUAUAGCCGUAACUUAAGCGAUUUCAAUUCGAAGAACCGAGCUAAGCAUAAUGCGAAACAUAAAUAAAUCGAACAGAACUGGUACGGGUUGUAAACUUGAAA